CAGAGGAUCUGACAUGGCUAUGUUAUCGAGAACUUCUGCAGUUUUCUUAUUGUUUUUCCUCUCUCAAAUGCCGUACAUGUUGGCUUUAUCUCUUUCUAGGCACUACGCCCAGUUCGCACAGCAAUUUGGUCUGCCAUCAACACUUCCAAAUAUAUCUUUAGCGAGCGCUGGAGUUUCCGAGGAAUGUUUCGAUGCCGUGACAAAGCUGAACGCUUCAACGCUUGCUUAUUACCUAGAUGCUAUUGGUAAACCUCCGAGUGGAAUGCUGUUGAAAAAUUUCGCCAUGAUAGGAUCAUACAGUGAAUGUACAAAGACCAUAGUUGACGCCCACUAUUGCGCGGCUUUCCUUUCAAUAUCACAGCUUAAUGUCACUGGGGAACCCGUUAUUCCUUUGGGGCUACAUCAACUCUCUUUUCCUUGGGGUCUCUGUGUACCAAAAAGUUGCGAUGAACAAGAUGUGGUUCAUGCUCUACAAUACAUCUUUCAACAAAUAGAUUCCCCAAAGUUCACCUUGAAGCCAUACGCCGUGGAUGAAAAGGAACAAUAUGUUUACUGCAACAAAAAGUCUGAAUAUACAACUGGCGUUAUCAUCACUUUGGCUGUUUGUGGUUUCAUUUUGUUCCUAUGCCUUCUGGGUACAAUCGUCGACUGUAUUCUGAGCUUUCUGGAGCCACAUCCGGCACAUGUCAGCAAGAGUGAUAGCCCUUUUUCAGAUAAAGAGAGACUCACAGCUACAGAUCACGAUAACGUCCCCAGUAAUCAAAAAAGUGAUCACGUGACCGCAGAGAAAAUCCCUCUUCUUGAAAGUUCCUCUCACGUGAAAUCAGGUCCCAGGACGACUCUGUCAAUCGAGCAAACGCGUAGAGUAAGGCAGCAUCGUAUGGUUCGAUUCUUUUUGUGUUUUUCAUUAAUACAAAACACUAGUUGUAUAAUGGAUACCAAGAUUCCUGCUGGUGCCAUUACUUCAAUUAACGGAAUGAGAGUAGUGACCAUGUGGUGGAUUAUCUUGGGACAUUGUUAUUCAACGUUGUUUGUGGCACCAAUAGGUAAUGUGAACUCACUUAAGCGAACUUCUCAACGUUUCACUUUUCAACUGAUCAGGAAUGGAACUCUUUCAACUGACACCUUCUUCUUCCUAAGUGGACUCUUAGUUUCUUAUUUGUCACUUCGUCGCAUGAUCAAAAACGAGGGGAAGUUGCCGCUCCUUUUCUUCUAUUUUCAUCGCAUUUGGAGGUUGACUCCAACCUACAUGUUUGUGUUGCUUUUUUACGUUAAAAUAAGUGAAUUUCUCGGCGAGGGUCCUGGAUGGUUUUUAGUACAAGGAAAAUCACUUUGUAACAAUUACUGGUGGACAAAUCUUCUCUACAUCAACAACUUCUAUCCCAAACCAAAAGUUGAUGGUGGGUGUAUGAUGUGGUCAUGGUACCUGGCCAAUGACAUGCAGUUUUACACCAUUGCCCCUGUGAUCUUGUUCAUAGCCUACUGGCUGCGCCUUCGAGGACUGCUUGCAAUUGUUGCUGUCUUGUCAUGUGCCAGUUUUGCAAUCACAGGAACGCUUUAUUCUUCUCAUGAUCUUACAGAUGAUGACUUUGCUCUCGUCUACACCAAGCCUUACUGUCGUAUCGCGUCAUACCUUGUUGGUAUGGUGUUGGGCUACUUUUUUCAUCACACAAAGGACUACAGGCUUCUCACAAAGGUCAAAAAAUACGUGUUUAAUGUGACUGGCUGGUGUCUGGCUAUCGUUCUCGCUGUGUCCUCUUUAUAUGGCAAGUACAAGACUGUAAGAGAGCACAAUCCUCACCCUUUCUCUCCCACCCAAGAAAUCGCAUACGGGAUCUUAAAACGUUUUGCAUGGAGCCUGGCUAUAGCCUGGGUGAUUUUCGCAUGUCAAAGUGGGCUCGGAGGUUUGGUGAACAGGAUUUUGUCCGCUCGCUUCUGGAUUCCCUUGAGUCGUUUAACUUACUGUGCCUAUCUUGUUCACAUAAUCGUUCUUCUGAAUCUGUACGCGCGAUUUGAGUCUGUUUGGUUCUACUCCGAUGCUUAUAUGGCCUUUCGCUACGUUGGCAUCGUUGGCAUCUCAUACGGAGUAGCCUUCAUCGUGUCUGUUUGCGUGGAAUUUCCCACGAUGCAACUGGAGAAACUUAUAUUUAGGAGUAAAAGUUAAAAAUUCACGCCAUGUUAGUGUUCAACAAUGUGUACUCGUUUAAUACUUACCAGUGACUUCAUUGAUGAUGCUACAAGCUAACCUCUCUAUAAGGAUGAUACUGCUCUGUUUACAUAUUUCGUAGGACUGGCUCAGACGAGAAAUUGAUAAAUACCCGAUAAAAAAAAAUUGAUAUUUGGGUCCUUAAGCAGAUAGGAUGGCAACGCCAAGGACGAUGUCCAUUAAGAAAUGAAUUUAUAUUUUUAAUUAUAAUUUUUGAAAAUGGC